AUUGACAUUAACUGAUCCAUGCAACCUCCUCGAGCUAUCGCUUUCGCCCUAUUUUAUGGCCUUUCCUUGACUCAGGCAAGACUACUUUACUCAGGCCCAGAAGAUCUCUAUGCCUUCCCAAAGCACCGCGUAACGUUUCUGAACAAUCUUCCAGUCCAUAAUGAAACAGCUGAACGCUGGCUUACCGAGGGACUACGAGGUGGCGAAAGUGAAUUUUUAAAUGACCUGUGGGAUGAGCCUGCGUGGUAUUCCAAACUCCCAUACAAGGAGAUAGGUAGCUCCGAGCUUGAAAAGUCAAAUGACGCUUCGCAGAUUUCACAGUCUCCGAUACCAGAUAAUUCUGGAUAUAUGUUAAAUCAUAUGAAAAUGGGUUCAGACAACCAGUUUAUUUGUCUGAUCCCCCCUGCCCGUGAUACUCCAAUACAAGCUCAGGAUAAUAUUGACCACGAUGCAGUCCUACGCAAUGGCUGGUCACUGCUUGAACCUUUAUCCGGAAAAUGUCUUUACCAUCGCCAAACGUGGUUCACUUAUUCAUACUGCCACAAUCAAGAAAUAAGACAGUUCAAGGAACUCGCUCACACACAACCUCGCCCAGCAGGAGCUUACGAACCCACUGAGGACCCAGAAUGGGAAGCUUUCACCCUGGGACGUGCCCCCUCCACACAAGAACCAGGAGCCGAUGUAGCCGUCACAGAUCGCCGCGCUCAGGUUGUAAACCUCGAGGUUGCUCAUGGUCCAGGCUCCCGUUAUCUUGUACAACGAUGGGGUGAUGGCACAUUCUGUGAUAAAACGGGCAAACCUCGCGAAGUUGAAGUUCAGUUCCAUUGCUCGAUGACGAUGACAGACUCUAUCCUUCUCGUACGAGAGGCAAAGACUUGUUCCUACGUACUGAUUGUACAAACUCCGCGUCUUUGUGGAGAGCCCGGGUUUAAAUCGCGGAUGGAAUUGCCGGAGCAGACCUUUAUCCGCUGUCGGCAAAUUAUCAACCCUUCGCUAGACUCUACUCCUCAAGCUACCCAUCUCGAACAGCGAAAACCUGACGACUACCGAAUACCACAUGAUUUCGAUCAGCCUUCGCACAUAAACCGUGAAACGCGUUUCCCCGUGCCAUCGCCCGCAGUUAAGAGCUCACUGGGUCCUGGCGCGGGUCAAAGCGAAGAUCCGUGGGAUGGUAUAUUAAAACGCACGGUAGAGGCUACCAUGGAAGCGUUGAUGAAUAGUCCGGAGUUUCAAUCAUUGUCAGGCGAAAACUCCCAGGUCGUGUUAGGGCGCGGCCAAAACGGCGAGAUUAUUAUCGAUAUUCUGGAAGGGAUUCCAUUGGGUAACCUCGGAGAGCCUGAUUUACAGGAAAGGAAUAUAGAUAACUACGCUCAUAUCACGGAAUUCCUUCGAAACGCCGGUUACCAGUUGAAUGAACAGACGGACGAGAAGGACCAAGAGGAUGGUGAGGCCAUGGAGGAUCAUGGGGAAGAACCAGAACAAUCUCAUAAAAGCAGAGACGAGCUUUGAGGCUCGAGAUCUGACAGCUUUGAAAUUUUCUCUACUUAGACAGUCCGUGGACUACAUUGGACUACAGAAGAGUGUUUAUUUUGGUUGAUUGGUCGACGAUCCAAUCAUCACAACCUGGCCAUCUUAUUCCUGCUUCUCACGCAACUCUAUUGUGCAUGCUAUGGCUAGCUAUCAUGAUACCUCCUGAGCCUCAUGUCUUGAUGCAACAUGCUACAGACUCAUUAGCGAUUCACAGUCAGUAAUGGCAUCUCAAAUACUGUUAGGUGUGUUCCAUUUCAAGUCGCCUCGGACCUUAUUCACAGUUUAAUGUACGAUGUCGUAUCUGAGGCCGAUCGAAUCUCUGAACUCUAUC